AUGAUGUCUCGCAACGCCACAUGCUUCGACCCCAUGAUCUUCGUUUCGGUGGUGGGAUGCCUUCAACUGAUUACCGAUGGCUCGCCAACAUCAAUCUUGAAUGCUGUUAACAAAAUAUGUCUGCGUUAUGACACUGAAUUUAGUGAAGAUGCAAUAACUAACGCUUUACAGUUGUAUGACACAUUUGCGAUUGACUUUACUGAGGUGGGCCAUGGCCCCAUCAUGUUACCGUUUCGGGUGAAUACUACUUAUCGUGAUCUAAGCUACAAGUCUUAUAAGUACUUCUUGGGAAACUACAACAAUUCCAUUUACUAUGGUAGUGCUCUCUUGGGUUUUUGGUUGGGAGUGUUGAUGCUUUACGCUUCAGUCAAUUGGGGUCGUCGCCUCUUUCCAUUACGGCGCCAACGACGUUUUGUGAAAGCAAUGCAACGUUAUAUCUUCGCUUCUGCCACGUUCAGGCAUAAGAAUUACGACGCGGUUUUGUUAGGCCGGUUUGAAGUGGGGUUAAUGCCCAAGCGCAUUGAGUCCUUGAUUAUCGCCGCAUUUGUCAUCAUAACCGCCGUUUUAACUGGUAUCAAAAUCUAUUGGGAUCCCGACAAUACUAUAUAUCCGGUCUCAAGAUAUCCUUCCGAGGCGCAUGCCAAGACGGUAUUCAUUUCUCGUAUAGUUGCGGAUCGCUCCGGUAUCAUCGGUGUGUUUUUGAUGCCUCUUCUCAUUGUCCUUGGUGGCAGAAAUAAUGUCUUGCAAUGGUUGACGGGCCUGUCGUUUGCCACGAUGAUUGUUUGGCAUAAGUGGAUAUCUCGUGUGUGCGUAAUUGAAAUUUUGAUCCAUAUGGUGUGCUUCACCAUUGCUCUCGAUACUAGAAGGGCUAGUGAAUACAGUGAGCUUUAUCUUGUGGGUGGUACAUUUGCAUUUGUUGCAAUGUUUAUCAUCCUCUUCCAGACUUUAUUGUUUUUGCGUCGUCGUUGGUAUGAGGCUUUCUUCCUAUUUCAUGUUGUUCUCUCGGUUCUUACUGUUGUUGGUCUGUGGCUUCAUCUCGCACCAUUAGGUUAUGGGCCAUUUAUGUACGCAGCUGUAGCUGUUUGGGGGUUUGACCGUUGCGUGCGUUUCGUACGAAUGGCGUUGAUUGGUGUAAAGUCAGCUGACUUCACCUUAAUCGAAGACACGAUAGUGAUUAAGGCGCCCAUCUCCAAUCCUCAGUAUUAUCCCCCCGGUGGUCAUCUUUUCCUCACGGUGCCGAAUGGGAUUCAUAUUCUCCAAUCACAUCCCUUUUGCUAUGUUGUCCAUUCUGACCAUAUCACUUUGUUCUCCAAGGUGAAGGAAGGUUUAACCUCACUGAUCGCUAAAAACUUGGUGAAACUUCCCUCGAUGUCUUGCACUAUGCCCGUGUUGUUCGACGGGCCUUACGCUGAACCAGCAAGCAUCAACAGAUAUGACAAUGCUUUAUUCCUAGCUUCAGGGAAUGGGAUACCAGGAAUGUGGUCGGAAGCUUUAACGUAUGCUCAAAAACAUCGCGAUCGAAAAGUUAAGCUUGUGUGGAUAUCCAGAACAACUGAUUGGUUUGCGGAUGAAUUGACAAUGAUCCCUUCGAACAUAGAAUUACUGGUGUACCAUACUGGCGUACAAAUGGUUCAUGAGUCGGCCUGCGAAAGUGACAAAAAGCUGGUUGACGAGAAGGGUUCGUUGAAGCCAAUCCCCAAGCGUCUGACAAUUCAAGGCCGUCCGGAUUUACAAGAUCUUAUCAAGAGUGAGGCAGUCAAUGCUCAGACGAAUCUUGCGGUCGUUGUUUGCGGCCAUCCGGUAAUGGUGGAUGAGGUGAGAGCGAUUGUUGCUCGUGGUGAUUGGGACAGCCCGGCGUUUGUGGACUUGUUCGUGCAACUCCAGGUUUGGGCAUGA